CCUGCGGGGAAGAGGCUUUCAGCACUCGUGCGGCUUUUCGGUCAGUCGCGCCUUCCUCCUUUUGUACCGAGAGGUCGGGGCGGUGCCCGCUGUCCCCCGCGUCUUCUCACGCAGCGUGAUGAUGACCGACUGCUGCAAAGACGAGCGGAAAGAAGAGGCACCUUGCCCUGGGCUUUCCGCUCGGGGAGCCCUCAUAGCCGGUGGCGAUAAUGGGAUGCUGGAGAAGGGUUUCGACAUGUAUAUCAGGGACCCCUUCGACGCCGAGCAGAACCCGCAGGGCAUUUUGAAUUUUGGAACAAGUGAGAACAAGCUUUGCUAUGAUUUAAUACAAGGAAGGCUCACAAGACCUGACAUAAACUAUCUAGAGCCUCAUUUACUGCAGUACUCUGAUGUACAAGGCAUUAAAAGCUUCAGAGAAGAAAUUGCGAAGUUUCUUACUAAAUAUGCAAAAGCUCCAUCAGCACUGGACCCAGAACAUAUUACUGUGAUGAAUGGCUGUUGUUCUGUCUUUGCCGCUCUGUCAACAGUAUUGUGUGAUCCUGGAGAUGGAUAUCUAAUUCCUGCUCCAUAUUAUGGUGGCAUAAAUUCCAAAACUUGGCUGUAUGGUGGAAUGCAACCUGUUCAUGUGCCUUUGUUCAGUGAGGUGACUAAUAAAGAAAGUCGUCCAUUUCAGUUAACAAUUGAAAAAUUAGAAACUGCACUUCAUCAAGCCAUGGAGCAGGGCAUCCGAGUCAGAGCAUUAAUCCUGAUCAACCCUCACAAUCCAUUAGGGGACAUUUACCCAGCACAGUUACUGAAAGAAUGUCUAGAGUUUGCGCACAGAUAUAAAUUACAUGUAAUAAUGGAUGAGAUUUACAUGCUGUCUGUAUAUGGUGAUACCACCUUCACAAGCAUCCUUAGUUUAGAUAGUUUACCAGAUCCUGACCGGACACAUUUUAUGUGGGGAUUUAGCAAGGAUUUUGGAAUGUGUGGUGUCAGAGUUGGCAUAUUAUAUACCAGAAAUAAUGAAGUCAGGAAAGCCAUUAAUAAACUGGCAGUUUUCCAUGGAUGUCCCGGACCAGUGCAAUAUGUUCUCAGCCAGUUUCUUAGUGAUAGAGAAUGGCUGGAUAAUGUAUUUUUCCCGACGAACAGAAGAAGGCUUAAGGAAGCUCAGAACACUCUUGUGGAUGGUCUUGCUGAGAUAGGAAUACCUGUUUUUAAAAGCUCAGGAGGAUUAUACAUCUGGGCUGACUUCAGAAAAUUCUUGAAGUCACAGACUUUUGAAGCUGAAAUGGAUUUAUGGUGGAAGCUUCUUCAAGAAAAGCUGCUUAUUAGUCCUGGGAAAGCCUUUUACUGUUAUGAACCUGGAUGGUUUAGACUGGUCUUCUCUGAUUCUAUAGAUAAGAUUUACUUGUGUAUUCAGAGACUUCAGGACUUCCUGCUGCAUGACAACACAGAUAAAUCCAUUCCUAUCUGUUCAUCUUGUGUAAAAAAUGAAUAUCCUGAGUCAGACGAUGAACCUUGUACUAACUAUAUGACCACUUCAAUGGAUGAUGUUUCAGAAGGAUGUUCACAUAUGAAAAAAAUAGCUGUUUUUUAAGAACUUGGAUGCAGACAUUUUGUUCUGUUUUAUUGUGUAACUUCCUGCUGUUCAUGUAAUUGUAGUUUCACAGGCAUGCUUUUCAUUGUAACUUGUAGUUACCAACUUGCUAUAGGAAUAUUUGAACUGAGAGUUUUCUACACUCUUUGGAACCUGGUAGGUAUUCUGCUGAGGUUUGUUUUUUCUUAGAGCACUAAAGGCCAAUUUAAGACAUGGUGGUGGCAAAAUCAUGUCCUGAAUUCACAGAGCGUGGAGGGAGUGAUUUAAAGUUGUACCCAAAUUGCUAUACACAUGGAAAAAGCAAAGCUACCUCCUUGCUGGCCCAGAACAGACAUGUACAAUGGGAUACUACUUUGGGAUCCUUAACCUGUGUAUAACAAGGUCCAGAUCCAGCAGGGUGCUCAGUAUAACAGGAGGGAAUAAGCACUCUUAAAAUGAAUACUGAGACAACUGAGCCAAAUCAACUAUUACAAGAAACGAGAGAUUGCAAAGCAGCAAGCCAAAAACUUUCCCUGACAGCUUCCUGGCUAUAAGGGGGAAAAGGUGGGAAAUGAGCGUACAACCUGUCCUGUAGUGUGUGGAAAUUCUCUAGAGUCCUGAUGUGAAGAGCAGAAGAGUGGAAUGUAGAGACAGAGACCAGCUCAUGUCUCCAAAGAACCUGCACCACCCAGAGCAGUAGUGAGAAAAACUGCUUACAUGUAUUGGGGAUUUGAGGGCUAUGUUUAUAGUACAGGUGUUCGUGAUCUGGUGGUCCUAAGAUGCAACAAUGAUAAGCAAACAAAAGACUGGAAGUAACAGAUGGCUGUUAAUGGGAGGGUGAUGGGUCUAUGAUAAGGUUGUGUACCUGCUAGUUCCUGCAUUAAAGGUUAUCAGAAAACCUAUUUCUGGAGAAUCACCCAAGUGAAGAAGAGGUUGAUACUAAAAAGGGGAGUUUUCCUGGUUUGCAUAAAAGUUAAAAAUGCUUCCUGGAGGAAGUUUGGAUUGGAGAAAAACAGAGCUAAGGCUAGAUGAAUAAGACUAAGGGGAGGACAGAAACCUCCCUGUACAAUCAGUAAGGGGAGGAACUAGCUGGGUCAGGCCAUUGCUCAUUGUCUUGAACUAGGUCGUUCAUUAAGGCCAAAUUUAGGGAGGAAGCUGCAACGUCCUUGUGGAGAACAGCCCUCCUGUUUAAUCAGCCUAAGACGGGCUUCAGAGAGGAGCAGGCCUGUGUUCCAUUUCUGGUUAAUGACUCACUGUGGCUUCAUUGCCCUUAGCAUGGCUCACUGCUGAUUAGUUUAACUAGCAGGAUGCACACUUUACACAUCCUCGGUGACCAUCCUUGUUUUCCUCUAAUGGGAAUUAGUUGAUGCCAUUAUAACACCUAGUUUGACCCCAAAGCAUGUCCUUAGCUUGUCACUUGUUUAUGCUUAGUAUUUAAAUACAUUGAUAACACAGAUACAGAAUUAGUGCUUUGAAUGUGGACAGCUUGCUGAAGUUAUUUUGGCCCACCAAGAGCAAAGCAAUAUAUACUAUGUAUAAGUAACUUGCUAGAAAAUAUUGAACUGACUACUUAUUGGCUGCUGAAUUUCUUCUAAAUUUGGGCUAGCAAAAUGUUACUCAGAAUCCUUUAGAACAUUGUUAAAACAUUAAGCUAUCUGAAUGUGUGCCCAACAGUAAAUGCUUUCUAAGAAAGUGUUCAAAUUUCUAGUUUUUACUCUUGGUUCUUUAAAACAGGCUGUUUGUACAUUGUUCUGUUGAUGCAGUGCUUGCAAAAUUGUCAUUCUUUGAUAAGAUGUAUAACUGAACACUAAAUUCUUUUUUAUAAGCA